AUGCUCUCAAACAACAUCCUCACAAUACUAGCCAUCGUCGGCCUCUCAGCCGCCCAGAUCCAAGUCCCGCCCUCCAACGCCGCCGACUGCCCGCGAACCAUGUGUCUCGACGGCAUCAACCCAGAAUGCGGAAUUCGAUGGGGCGGCUGUUACGACAUGUGCCAGCCGCAAAUGAAGCCCACCAUGCCACCUUGCAAAUCCACGCUGAGCAAGUCGACAAUCUCGAGAACGUCCAAGCCCUCCUUCACAAGGCCCACCCGGCCCAGCCUGCCGCCCACGCGUAACCCAACAAUCACUCGGGCACCGCCCGCUUUAACUCCUUUGCCCACGACGUUGAUCAGCAACUGCAGCACGCGUACCGUGUGUGUUGAUUACAUCAACGAGUGCGGACAGUGGUAUGGCGGAUGUCACGCCGAUUGCAAGCCCUGGCCGUCGUACUCCAAGCCUCUGUGCACACCCACGUCCAGCUUGACUGUUGACCCAUCGACAUUACCUACCGAUUACUGA